UCAGCGAACCAAUGUGCUUCGAGUGGUGGUGGGCUUUAAAGCAUUGGAGGCUUUGCGCCUCCUGUAGCAGACCGGCAUUUCACUGCGAAGGCUUCACGUGCUAUUGUUGUAGGUUUGCUGGUGACUUUCUGUACGAACAAUGUCUGCUGCCAACGAGAACAACUUUCGUCUGGGCCAAUUCAAAAACAAAGGCAAAGACGCAUCGGAGCUGAGAAGGAGGAGAAUUGAAACAAAUGUAGAACUGAGGAAAGCAAAGAAAGAGGAGCAGAUAUUCAAAAGGAGGAAUGUGAGCAGCUUUGUGGAUGCAACGUCCCCACUGCAAGAGAAGAAUCAGAACCGUCCGGGUGCAGGACACUGGACCGUGGAGGAGAUUGUGAGUGGAGUAAAUAGCAACAAUUUAGAACUGCAGCUGCAGGCCACACAGGCUGCCAGGAAGCUGUUAUCCCGAGAAAAACACCCCCCAAUUGACAGCAUCAUCAAUGUUGGCCUCAUCCCCAAGUUCGUCUCCUUCUUGGGCCUAUUUGACUGCAGUCCCAUUCAGUUUGAGGCAGCCUGGGCUCUUACUAACAUUGCAUCGGGCAGCUCUGACCAGACUAGAGCAGUGGUGGACGGCGGUGCUAUCCCAGCUUUCAUUAGCCUGCUGUCUUCCCCUCAGGCCCACAUUAGUGAGCAGGCUGUCUGGGCCUUGGGUAACAUUGCAGGAGAUGGAUCUUCUUACAGAGACCGAGUCAUCAAACAUGGUGCCAUUGAGCCUCUCCUUGCUUUAUUAGCUGUCCCAGAACUAUCAGCCUUGUCGUCUGGUUAUCUACGAAAUAUCACGUGGACACUCUCCAAUUUGUGCCGCAAUAAGAACCCUUCACCACCCCUGUCAGCAGUGCAACAGAUCAUUCCCACCUUGGUCCGCCUCCUACACCAUGAUGAUCGUGAAGUUCUUGCAGACACUUGUUGGGCCAUCUCUUACCUUACUGAUGGCCCUAAUGAUCGGAUUGAUGUGGUUGUCCAGACUGGGGUUGUACCUCGCCUGGUGCAGCUGAUGGGUUCUAGAGAGCUCUCCAUAGUGACUCCUUCACUAAGGUCUAUUGGUAAUAUAGUCACUGGAACAGAUGAGCAGACGCAGAGUGUGCUGGAUGCAGGAGCUCUAGCUGUUUUUGCAACUCUGCUUCGCCAUCCAAAAAGUAAUAUUCAAAAAGAGUCGGCAUGGACUCUGUCCAAUAUUACAGCUGGAAAUAGCAUCCAGAUUCAGGAGGUGAUCAACAAUGGCUUGGUGCCCCAUCUUGUGGAAGUCCUCCAAAAGAGUGACUACAAGACUCAGAAGGAGGCAGUAUGGGCUGUAACUAAUUACACCAGUGGUGGAACUGUGGAGCAGGUGGUGUAUCUUGUGCAGGCUGGAGCUGUGGAGCCACUCUUGAGCCUUUUGUCCACAAAAGACAGCAAAACAAUUUUGGUCAUUUUGGAUGCAAUCUCCAAUAUCUUUUUGGCUGCUGAGAAGAUUGGUUGUGUGGACAAACUGUGCAUCAUGAUUGAAGAGUGUGGUGGAUUGGACAAGAUUGAAGCUCUCCAGUCACAUGACAAUGAAGUAGUUUACAAUGCUGCAUUUAAUAUUAUUGAGAAGUACUUCUCUGCAGAGGAAGAGGAGGACCAAAAUGUGGUGCCAGACAGCACUGGAGACAGUUACGCCUUUCAGACAGCAGAUGUUCCAGGCACUUUCAACUUCUAGUGGAGUCUGCUGUAAUAUCCUCUUGCAGUCCUGUCAGUCUUCAUGUUUUGUCUGUCUUCAUGUUUUGUUGGUCUUAUUUUUCACUGUUGUAUAUAAAAAAAAAAAUAAUAAAGUAUUUGGUGGUUUUGUU